AAACUAAACUGUAGAAUAGAACCUUUUAGGGAAAAGAUAAUGAUUGAAGUAGUUGGACUCCAUCAAGUGAUCAUUAAAUUUCACAACAUGGAUUGAGUAUGUCAAUCACAGUUAAAAACUAAAUAAUUAAAGUAAGAUUAGUUACAUGGGGACUUGUAUUGCAUAUCAACUUGAAUGGAGAUACUAUUCUCCAUUCUUCCUAGUGUAGAAUGCAAUAAAUUCUGUAUUGAAAUAUCCUCUUGUUCACUGUGUUGAAAUAUCUACUGCCAGGAUUAAGGAGACACAACAGGCUUGACUAUUCCUUAACUAAAAAUCUCACUUCUUAACAUAUAACAUUGGGCCCAUUUGAUCUAAUUUGAUUUUAAAUAUAACAUUGUUAAAAAUUAUUAAAAGACCUUACUUAAAUUGCGACACCUUAUUUUUUAACCCAUCACUAUUUUCCUGUAUGUUUUCACCACCUUUCAUGUUGAUUACAACAAAUCUCUCUAGAUUAUGUUCCAUAUAUGUGAACUCUGUAUUAGAACUAGCCCAAAUAUAGUUCUGUAUGAUCUUAGAAUAUGAGUGGCAGUAAACUUACUCAACCAUAAAACUCCCUACAGCUGAGCCAAAUACUUAUGACCUCACAUGCUUUCCCACAGUUACCUAGCAUUGAAAAGAUGAAGUAAUUGCAAAAUUCAACUCAACUUCUCUUAAGCCAAACAUUUUUAUUUUACAAUAUAAAUUAGUGUAUUAAAAGGUAGAAUACUACAGUUGGGGAUUGAUGAACAAGAGGUAUGCUGGGCUCCCAAUCCCAGUGUUUAAAGCUUGUAGCCUUGCAGCUUUUAAAACCCGUUUGGGUUAUUUUGUAGUUACUGGUUUGUAACUGGACCACUAUAGGUUAAAUAGAUUUGUUUUUCCUUUUAAAUUGUAUAGAUUUCCAUAAAAUUAUUAAUGAAUAUGGGACAAUUCCUGAAUUCAUGAAAGAAUAUUUAUGACUAGCAAAUUAAAUAUUUAGGUAAUUGUUCCUAAGAAUGUAUAACAAGUUGUAUAAUGCAGUGUGCAGAAUGAGGAAACUGGAUCCAGCUCAUGAAUAUUUACUGAAAGGAACCAGAGAUGGAUCAAAUUACUAAUUCACAGUCCCAGUGAAUUAUUAAUGCCACUAUUAAUUCUACAACCGCUGUGUGUUAUUUCAUAUGUUAGUUGUAAAGGAUGGUAUAAUUCUGUCUCCUUGUCCAGUUUUCUUAGGCAUUCAGCAAUGCGAAAUAGUGCAGGGCAGGCUGCUGUAGGAGCGUUGUUACUUUGGACAAUCUGCAGAGUUACAGCCAGACCAGGAGUUAAAUGUGGUGGCAUCCUGUCAGCAACAAAUGGGAAUUUCUCCAGCCCCAAUUUCCCAGGAUAUUAUCCAUAUGAGACUGAAUGUACAUGGCUGAUUGUUGUUACGGAGGGCUCCUCUAUCUUACUCACCUUCCAGCAUUUUGACCUCGAAUUUCACACGCACUGUGAUUAUGAUUACCUCAAAAUCUAUAAUGGAGUGUCUGAGGAUGAGGGAAAUCUCUUGGGCAAAUUUUGUGGACAAGAUUUCCCUCCUCAUUACUCCUCUUCCUGGCAUGUGAUGUCGAUCAUUUUUCGCUCAGAUAAACACGUAACCAGCCGUGGAUUCUCUGCUUCCUACAGUAAAGAUGUAUGUGGAGGAGUGCUAACAGGUCUGUCUGGAAUGCUGUCUAGCCCAGAGUACCCAGAUAAUUACCCCAAUAAUGCUGAAUGCCGAUGGUAUAUUCGUGUCUCCAAUCAAUCGGUGAUCAAUCUGAUUUUCUAUGACUUUCAUCUGGAGAGUAACGAGGACUGUAUCUUUGACUACGUGGCCAUGUUUGAUGGUUCCAGCUUGAAUGCCAGACACUGGGGACAUUAUUGUGGUGGGACAAGACCUCCAGAUAUCAUCUCCAGUGCCAAUGAACUCCUUGUUGUUUUUAAAUCAGACUUCAACAUUGGUGCAAGGGGCUUUAAAGCAUUUUAUUUUUCAGGUGAAUGUCAACAAGUGUUUACGGACAUUAAAGGGAAUUUCUCCAGCCCUCGAUAUCCCAGCAUUUAUCCAAAUAAUAUCAAUUGUCAUUGGACAGUCCAGCAGCCACAAGGUUACAGGAUCAAAGUUCGGUUACUUGACUUUGAGCUGGAGGACAGGGAUAGCCUGACUGAUGCCUGUGACUAUGACUUUCUGGCCAUAUUUGACGGAGACAGCGAGACCGACACAUUGCUGGGAAAAUGGUGCGGUCGGAGCUCACCCCCUUCACUGUUGUCGAACGGGAACAGAUUUCUGUUUGUCUUGUCCGCGGACAGGAACACAGCUUCCCGCGGCUUCCAUGUUUCAUACAGUGGUGUUGUUCCCAUGAAUGUCAGCUGCACUAGAACAGAUUUCCAGAUUCAGGUUUCUAUGCAGGCUCUCCCUGCACUCAGUCGGAACAACAUUUAUUUUGGAAGACCCGGCUGCAUGGCCCAGGUAUUUGGCUCAACAUUCAAGAUAAUUUCACGGUUUGAUUCCUGCGGAACAAAGACACAGAGAAUCAAGAACAUCACCAUUUUUGUGAACAUUUUGUACAUCCAUUUUGCUGAUGGAGCACAUGGUGACACCCAAGAAUAUGAGGUGCAGUGCAAUAUCAAAACAAGAGCAGCUUCCUACAACAUCAUUACAGACACAGAACUGUACCAACUUCAACAGCUGGCUGUCAGUUUGGAGAAUUCAAAUCCUGAGGAGUCAAAGAUGGUAGAUGGAUCAGAUGAUUCGAAGAUGCAAGAUACCAGCGACAUUGUCUUCAUUGGUAUUUGUGUUUUAGCUGGACUUCUCAUGUUGAUUGCUAUCAUUGGACUCGUUCUGCUGUAGAGACAUAAUCACCUGACAAUUUGACAUUGCAUUAGAAACAUAGAAACUUAGCAUUUAAGUGUGAACAAGCCUCAACAGAACAAUUAUUCAAAAAAAAGUUUCAUUUCAUCUCUCUCAAAAAGGACGGCAUCAGUAAUUUCCACUUUCCAUGUUCUUCCCUGUUCCACUUUUUCAUAAAAUUAUUAGAUAGUUU